GACUCCCCGAGGAAAAUGUCUGCUUUCGAAAGACUCGAAAAUUAUUUUCAUGCCAUAAAAUAAUAGAUAAAGCGAUUAUUAUUAAAAGUUUAGAAAAUAGUCAGAAACUUUUAAAAAUGGAAAUAAAAAAUCGGACCGUUGGAAAUAAAUAGGAAAUUAUAGUUGUAAAGUGAAUCUCAUUAAGUGUGUGUGAGGACAUGUCCUGCAGUGUUUUUAUUUGACUGUGGCAUUUGUGAACAACAACAAAAUGUCUGACGAGGAAGAUUCUUCCCCCGACUGGGCAUUGGCGCCUACUAAUAAUGUUCCAGUUCUAGGUAUAAAGAGAUUAAAGCAGAUAGAGACGAUGUUCGUCUCGCGACGUCUGCAAGGCCCAAGAACUCAAGGUCUGAGCGUUGAGACGCUCCUGGACAUGCUGCUGGUGCUGUACGAUGAGUGCUGUAACAGCAGUCUGAGGCGGGAGAAGGCGAUAGCUGACUUUAUACAAUAUGUUAAACCGGUGGCCACAGCUCUGAAGCGAUUACGGUUAUCUCGGGACGACUUCGAGCUCGUGAAGGUGAUAGGACGAGGUGCCUUCGGGGAGGUUUGCGUCGUUCGAGCGUCUUUUAUGCAGGGCACUGACAGUGGAGCUAAUUCAACGGGAACUGCAGUGUCUGCUACAGCGGGGGAUAGGGUGUAUGCUAUGAAGAUUUUGAACAAAUGGGAAAUGCUUAAGAGAGCAGACACGGCGUGUUUCCAAGAAGAACGGGACGUGCUCGUAUUUGGUGAUAGGAGAUGGAUCACGAACUUGCACUACGCUUUUCAGGAUGAACAUAAUUUGUACCUGGUGAUGGACUACUACUGCGGCGGAGACCUGCUGACCCUGCUGUCCAAGUUCGAGGACCGUCUGCCCGAGGACAUGGCGCGCUUCUACAUCGCGGAGAUGGUGCUCGCCGUGCACAGUGUACACGACCUGCGAUAUGUGCACCGAGACAUUAAACCAGAUAAUGUGUUGCUUGACGCGAGUGGUCACAUACGAUUGGCGGAUUUCGGGUCCUGUCUGCGAUUGGGAGAGGAUGGCAAGGUACAAAGUAAUGUAGCCGUUGGAACGCCCGAUUAUAUAUCGCCUGAAAUUCUAAGGGCGAUGGAAGAUGGUCAAGGGCGCUAUGGUCCGGAAUGUGAUUGGUGGUCACUCGGCGUGUGCAUGUACGAGAUGCUGUUCGGCGAGACGCCGUUCUACGCGGAGUCGUUGGUGGAGACGUACGGGAAGAUCAUGAACCACGCGCGCUGCUUCCACUGCCCGCCGCCCGACGACCACGCCGCGCAGGUAUCUGAAGAAGCGAAGGAUCUCAUACGAAGGCUGAUAUGUUCCUCUGAAACUAGAUUAGGUCGAAAUGGAUUGCAAGAUUUCAAGAGUCACCCGUGGUUCGCUGGCUUGGAUUGGGACAGUGUGAGGGAGAUGCAGGCUCCCUUCGUACCGGACGUGUCCAGCCCAACGGAUACGUCGAACUUUGACGUCGACGACACUGACAUACGGCUGUCGGAGGCGGUGCCGCCGCCGCGCGCGUCCACGGCGUUCUCGGGGCUGCACCUGCCCUUCGUGGGGUUCACGUUCACGGCCGGCUCGCGCCUCUGCGACCUGGGCGCGCCCGCGCCGCUCAGCCCCGCCAAGAACGCCACCAAGCAGGCGCCGUCCAACGCGAGCGACCGCGCGGCGCUGGCGGCGCUGGAGCGGGAGAACGCGCUGCUGGCGCAGACCAUCGCCGAGCUGCGCGCCGACGGGCCCGCCGGCGACGACGAAGUAACGCAACUCAAGGAGGAAAUAUCAGCGCUCUCGCAAAGGAACACCGAAAUGGAGACACAAUUACGGCGUUUCGAACAACUGAACGCAUCAAUUGGUUCUCAGGAAAUAUCAUCAUCGCCCCAAGAAUUAGCGACACGCGUCAAAGAGCUAGAGAUCUUGAUUAACGCAAUGAAUAUGGAAAAAGAGGAACUCGUUAAAGAUAAGACUGAUUCCAUCGAAAAGCUACGGUUACAGGAUAAAGAAUUAAAAGAUGCGGUGACGCAACGAAAGCUCGCCAUGACUGAGUACAACGAAGUGACGGAUAAAUUGUCCGAGUUGAGGCAGCAGAAACAGAAAUUAUCACGACAGGUACGCGAUAAGGAAGAAGAGCUGGAAGUAGCGAUGAGCAAGAUCGACGCGCUGCGGCAAGACAUCCGGCGAGCGGACAAGGCGCGCCGCGACCUGGAGGCGCGCCUCGACACCGCGCUCGCGGAGGCCACCAAGGAACGCAAGCUGCGCGAGGAGAGCCUGCGGCUGCAGCGCGUGGAGGCGGGCGAGGCGGGCGGCUCGGCCGCGGACGUCGCUAAGCUGCAGGCUGACAUCGAGGCGCUCGAAUCGCAGUACUCGGAGUCGCUGUCGCAGCAGCAGGCGCGCUUCGCGGCCGAGCUGUCGGCGCUGCGCGAGCAGCUGCACGACGCCGACGCGCGCACCGCGCGCCUCAACCGGGAGUUGCAAACGUCGAAGGAGAAGUUAGAAAACCGUCGAUUGGAACAGCUGAAUGAUAGUGAGGACAAACAGAUGCUCAUCAAUGAGAAUAGGAAGCUCGCGAAGGAUCUCGAUGCGAUGGCAGAUAAUGGUAGGAGAUGGCAAACCGAGAGGCGACAACUGGAACUGGAGUUAGACGAGCUACGCGCCAAACGUGAUUCCAUGCAACACUGGGAGACUCAGAUUGCUGAUAUAAUUCGCUGGGUGGCUGACGAGAAAGAGGCUCGAGGGUAUCUACAGGCCCUCGCUACGAAAAUGACCGAAGAAUUAGAUUAUCUUAAGCAUGCGAGCGCGGGCCGCGGCGCGCCGUCGUCGCCGGCGGGCGCGGGCGGCGCGGGCGGCGCGGGCGCGGGCGGCUGGCGCAACCGCCGCUCGCAGAAGCUGGACAAGAUGGAGAUCCUCACGCUGCAGUCGUCGCUGCACUCCGAGAUCCAGGCCAAGCAGGCCGUGGCCGAGGAGCUCAGCCGCACGCGCGCCGAGCUGCUCGCCAGCCAGAGGGAACUGAUGGAGACCCGACAGCGUCUCGACACGCUCGCUCACGACAUGAAGCGCAAGGAACAGCACAUACGAGACAUACAAGCGAAGCUCGACCAGCCCCAUCAACCGUCCAACUCCUUCCUCGAUCGUCCGCCGUCACAGAUGAGCUACUUGGAGCAAUUCUUGAAGGAAGCGCCAACGGAGAGGCAUUAUGAUAAUGUAGCUUCUAUGAACAAUGAGCAGAAGAUGUCGCCGCAAUACCGUUACAGAAAUGCCCAGUAUUAUUGCAAUGCAAAGUUGAUGUACGGCUCGCAGCAGUCGACGGCGAUGAGCGGCUCGGCCGAGUCGCAGGACGAGAUGGAGCCGCGCGCCGCCUCGCCCGCCUCCUGCAAGAGCUCGCCCAGCGAGAUGUCCACCUACUCGUUACAAGAUCCGACGCUCGGCCCGACCGUGCCCGGAAAGCAGAAGGUUCACCAGUUCCUAGUGAGGACUUUCAGUAGUCCCACAAAGUGCAACCACUGCACGUCGUUAAUGAUCGGGCUGACGCGGCAGGGCGUGGUGUGCGAGACGUGCGGGCUGGCCGUGCACACGCGCUGCUGCGGGCGCGUGGCGCCGCGCUGCCCGCUGCCGCCCGAGCGCUCGCGCCGCCCGCUCGGCAUCGACCCCGCGCGCGGACAGGGCACCGCCUACGAGGGCUACGUCAAGGUUCCGAAGCCGGGUGGCGUGAAGAAAGGUUGGAUGCGACAGUUCGUCGUGGUUUGCGACUUCAAAUUGUUCCUAUACGACAUAUCUCAAGAUAGAAACGCGUUACCGUCGGUAUGUGUGAGUCAAGUAUUAGACAUGCGGGAUCCCGAGUUCAGUGUGACGUCGGUUAAGGACUCUGACGUCAUUCAUGCGAGCAAGCGUGACAUACCGUGCAUAUUUAGGAUAUCAACGUCUCAACUCGAAGGCGGGAAGAGAUUCCAUACGCUGAUGUUAGCCGAGUCGGAGUCCGAAAAGACGAAAUGGGUGGUCGCACUCAGCGAGCUACACAGGAUAUUGAAGAGAAACAAUUUACCUGACAAAUAUGUGUACAGCGCGGCGUGCGUGGCGGAGGCGAGCGGCGCGGGCGCGGGCGCGGCGGCCGUGCGCGGCGCCACGUGCGCGUGCGUGCUGGAGGGCGCGCGCGUGUGCCUGGGGGGGGACUUCGGCCUGGCGCUGCUGGACCUGGAGCGCGCCGAGCUCGUGCCGCGCCGCGCGCACGCGCCCGUGCACCGCCUGCGCUACGUGCCGCACGAGCAGCUGCUGGUGGUAAUCGCCGGUCGAGGUCGAAACGUGCGUCUCGUGCCUAUCAGAGCGUUGGAGUGUCCCGAGGCGGAGAGCGUGAAGCUGGCCGAGGCGAAGGGCGCAGUGGACGUCGCCGUCGGUGAGCUCAACUCGUCGGCAUACGGGUUCGCCGUUGUGUGUAAACGUCAGAACUCGUGGGCCGUGCUGGUGUACGAGAUCACGCGCACGGCGGCGCGGCGGCAGCGCGUGGCGGAGCUGCGGCCCACGGCGCCCGUGCUGAGCGUGCAGCUGCUGCGCGGCCGCCUGCUGCUGGGCUACCGCGGCGGGCUGGUGGCGCACGUGCUGCGCGCGCACCACGAGCAGCCGCAGGCGCCGCCCGCCGCGCUCGUGCACCCCGAGAACCAGGUGGGCGUGUUCCUGGCGCACUCGGGGGCGCGGCCGCUGGUGGCGCGGCCGGCGGGCGCCGACUGGCUGCUGGUGUUCAGCGCGCUGGCGCUCUACGUGGACCGCGCCGGCCUGCGCGCGCGCGACACCGAGCUCAUGUACACGGCGCACCCCGUCUACCACGCCAUCAACGAUACACAUCUACUAAUAUUUACGACAUCACACAUCGACAUCUACGAGAUCGACUCUGGAGAGUGGGUGCAGACUAUUAAUUUACCCAACGCGCGGCCGCUGGACGAGGCGGGCUGGAUCGUGCUGGUGGGCGGCGCGGGGGCGGCCACCUUCCCCUUCUCGGCCGACGCCGCGCCCUACCUCGUGUACCUGCGCCCGCUGCUCGCGCCCGGUCCUCUAAAUCUAGAGUUGACGUCGUACGGAACGAAUAAGCGUCGUUUCUCGGUGCGGGAACAAUCACACCAAGCGAUAGAGGCUCAUAACAGAUUGUCGGAGCGGCGCUCGCGGCUGAUCUCGGCGCCGUCCAACUUCGCGCACGUGUCGCACAUGGGGCCGGGCGACGGCAUCCGCUCGCAGCGCCUGCUCGACCUGCCCACCACGCUGGAGACCGCCGACCGCGACCACCACGACCACCAUCAGAUGUUCGGCAGCCGAGACAGCAGCAAGCGGACGUCGCCGCUGACGAUAUCUCACCCCACCGGCUCUUACAACGGCUCGUGGCGCGCGCGCUCGCGGGACGCGCCGCAGGAGGCGCCGCCCUCGCCGCCGCACCGCAUGGAGCGGUCACUGGGCGGCGGCUCGUGCGGCAGCGGGUCGGCGCUGGAGCGCUGCCUGACGCCGCUCAGCCUCGGCAGCAUGAGCUCGCUGCAUGACGUGCUCAAGAUGGGGACGGAUGUGGGCGAUGGGGCGCAGUCCGAGGACAGCAGCGGAGCCUCCCCGCCGCAUCCCGCGGAGCCCUGAUGAAGCCAGCUGGACACGUAUUGGAAAAUCGAUAUGUCCAGAUUCUACGCUUGUUUCUGUUGAAAGGGGAACGUGUUACUCAAUAACCGACCUUAUGUUAACGAAAUAAGGACGUUAGUUCGUUUACCAUGCAUCGUGAUAUGUGUAUAAGAUUAUAUAUUAUAAAUAAACCGCUAGGUGUUUUAGCUAAGUAAAGGAUAUAUAAUAAUGACUGAAGGAGAACUGGUUACAUAAAAAUCUAAACAAUUGCUAAAAUAAAUCAAUCACAAAUUAUUCUUAAAGUGUCGUGUAAAGAUCUGACAGUUUUAAAUAUAGAAUUGACAAUAAUGUAAAUACAAACGUAACGUCAAGCUACGACCCUCACGUUCCACGCACGCACGUCCAGCGCACGCGUGUUACGCACGCACGCUGUACGCACUGAUCUCGACGUAUAAAUUCGAUAUUCGAUCAAAGUAUAUGGUUUGUGUUAGAUCAUGUGUUUUUGAUUUAUAUCAAUGAAUAAAAUUAAAAAAAAAGGGGCCAUUGUCCUUUGUAUUAUAUACGAUAUAAUUUUAUUAUUCUUAUUCUGAAAAGUAUUUAAGGCAGUUGUUCCUGAACUCUUUGAUUUAUGUAUUUUGUUUUUGAUAUGAUGUCAUAAAGUAGUCGUCACUAUAUUUUUUAAUUAAUUGAGAAAAAGGUAGGUUAGUUCUUGAAAAAUAGUACAUGAUUGAAAAGAGAAGCAUUAUUAUAUCAUUAUUAAUCUUCUCGUGUAAUUCUUGAAGCACUAGGUUACCUCAGAUCACGGAUUGAGAGCAAUUGGUCUUAGGUCUACGAACAUGAUUCACGUGUGUGUAUCUGUGCGUUAGUGUGGGUCGGACAGCUUUACUUCAUAAUAAUAAAAAUAAUGUUUCGAACAAAGGAACCAUCCAAAUCCUUUUCAGAUUCACACGUCGAUUAUGUACGCGAAUGUACACUCAACAUAAACAUAUUAAGACUUCAUUUGAUUCAUACCGCUUCCAUUUUCAUCCAUACAAGCGUAAUAUUGUAUUGCCUAUGAACAAAAUUUCGACUAUUGACUUAAAGGAGGCUAUUCCAGUAGUUUAUAACGUAUCUAACCUUUAACUUAGCUGAGACAUGUAGUCGAUAAAUUACAAUGAUGUUGUCAUUGUAAAAUAGACUGUAUGCUGUACGAAAUUAUAUAUAUAUUACAACGACAAACAAUUCUUCCAUAGUUACAAUUAAAUUAAAAUAAAAACAUUAACUACGUUACACGAAUAAUAAUAGAAAAAUAUAAAAUAUUCAAAUUUAAUCUUUAAUAAACGCGUAUUAAAUCGGUUAUCUCUUUCGCACGUUUGUAAUUUAUCAAGAGAAAAAGGGACGGAAGUAUAAAUUAAUGACUAUUGUUAAAUUCAUAAUAAUAAACCGUGUAAGCUUGUGAUUAAUUAUAUACUAUUUGGACAUAAAGACACAAAAAAACCGUAAAAUGUCUUCACAAUAUUAAUCGGAAUUUUGUUAAAUUGUAAGUGUUAUUAACUUCAUAUAAAGAAUUAUUUGAUCUCGUGUAUAGUAUGCUUGGACUAUCAGAAUUAAAUAUUUUGUUUUUUCAUCAAUCAUCGGUCGACGUCGAUAAAUUGGUGUAGUAGCUUCGGCUGAUCGAUAGUUACUGGUCGAUAAAACGUCGAUUAAACAUCGAUUUAUCGACAUGAUCUUUAGUAUUGCUUGAAAUGUAUCGAUGAUCGGGUACAGUCAGGAAGAGUCAACGUGAGUCUUCGUAUGACGUAACUUUCCCGGAUGGUAACUGUGAGGUUGUUACGGUUCGAGGCGGAUUGAUAUCGAAUGGAAUCAAAUAAAUAUCUAUGCAGUUGAAUAAUACUCCAUAAUACCGAUUUAACGACUUAUAUCAAGAAAUAUUUGAUUGCAACAGUUGCUACGCUCUAACCGUAACAGUUCCACUGAACUGAUGCAUAAUGACUGAUGAGAUUUAUAGCAUUCCACCAUCGAUCUAUUAAAAUGAACUUAACUCAUUACUGACAUUGGUCCAAGACGUACAGAUUAAAAAUAGUCCAUAUCAUAAAUUGCAUUAAGUUCAAAUUAAUACGCGUUUUUAACACAAUCAACAGUUUUCUGUAUUUGAAUUUUUAUAUUUAAAUAUAUAUGUAUAUUUAUAUAUUCAAGUGUAAAUUAAGAACACGUGUUAUAUAUAGAGUUUGGUUCCUAAAUAUAUAUGUGUAAAAAGUUUGCAAUAUAAAUAUAAUGAUGAUAUAUAAUCUCGGGGUGAUAUGUACCCCCAAAAAUAUUUACUAAGCCAAGGGUUAAAUUGAUUAUUGAAUCCGUUUAUGUCAUAAUAUAUUCCAACUCGUAUAGAAUAUAAAUACAUAUUACUUGAUACUAAAAAAAAAACACCUUACGAGUUCUUAAGUAAUUAAUGUUGCUAUAUACUUCAGACUGUUGAUGUUCCAGUGUUGGGCUAAAGCCUCCUCCCUCUAUGAAGAGAAGGUUUGGAACUAAUUCCAGCACGCUGUUUCAAUGCGGAUGGUGGAUACACGUGUGGCCGAAUUUCAUUGAUAUAAGACAUGUAGGUUUCCUCACGAUGUUUUCCUUUAUCCGGCGAUAGCUCGAAAUGAACUAUAAACAUAAAUUUAGCACAUAUAAACUCAGUGGUGCUUGCCUGGAUUUGUAUCCGCAAUCAUCGGUUAAGAUGCGUUUUAAUUCAUCGGCCAUCUCGGAUCUUUCGGUAUGUGUUAGAUGAAAUUCUUCUUCAUGAUUAUCAACCAAUCCGCUGUGUAGCAUUGUGGUGAAAUAAUGUCCAAACUUACUCCUUAAGGGGAGCCCAUUGCCCAACUGUGGGACACUUACAGGUCUAGAAUCCUUUAUGAUUAUAACAUUUUUAUCAUUGUUUGUAUAAAAAAAUAAUAAACAAAGAAACGUUGAUUAUGAAUUUAGGAUAUAUUGCGGCGUAACUGCAUUCAAGGGGGGGGGGGUGUAUGGGUCAUUCGAGCCCCUUUUUCUAAUAUCAGGUGUUUGAAAACCCCUUUUUUUGGCUGUAAUGGUAUAUAUGUAAUACAAAAAUACCUUCCAAUAUAAGAUAAUAAUAUUUAGUAGUUAGUAUUUUAAAUAACAUUUAACCCAAAGUGGCUUGUAGGUCAAUUAAUAACAAGUAUAUUGUACCGACACUGAUGUCCGUCGGUCCGUGCACUCGGAGUAACAUAUAUAUAUAUAUAUAUGUUACCCAUAUAUACGAUAUAUAUACGAUAUCCCUUGUACCGUUGGGGCACCAACAAUAAAAUUCUAUCCCAAAUCGUUCCGAGUUAAUAAAGAAUAACACGGGAAUAAAUUGCGUUUAAAUAUUAGCAACUCCUCAGGUCUGGAUUAGGAUUUAUAUACUUCUUGAUUUGAUACGCUUUAAUAAUGAUAUAAUGUCGUGAUUAUUCACAGAAGUGAAACUUCUUUGGACGUACUGAAAGUUAAUUACAAAGCCGCCUUCAGCUUAUGAACUUUUGACUCGUAAUAAAGAAGAUAUGAUGUAAAGAAGUUUUACUUCCAAGCUCAUUAACUUGCAAGCGAUAUUUUUUUUUUAUAUAUUUAAAUAAUCAUAAAUAAUAUUUACGUACCCGCGGCAUAUUAAAUUAUAUGAUUUAGGAUAUAAGUUUUAACCAAAACUAUUUAUUUCGCUUCUGAAAAUUUAUAAGGCUAUAAAAUACUCUGAGGUCGUCGUUUGUAGUUCUACCAUUAAUGCACCGCCGAUUAAUGUUUAGAUAUUAGUUUAAAUUUGAGAUGACGCCUCUAUUUUUAGGUUAAAAAUGGCAAUUUAUUCUUAAUACUAGCACAUUAGGUCUGUCUGUCUGUUUCGUUUACUUAAACUUGAUUAAUUGUGUAAUUAAAAGCGUCCUGUGUCCACUCUUAAAAUCAGGGUUGCCAAAAAUAACUUUUUAAUUCUUUGAAAAUAAAUUGACUAGCGUUUUUUUUUCAAUGUAUAUUGAAGGCACUCUUGUAAUAGCUAGGAAAGCUAGACUUGAAAGUAAUAACCUAAACACUGCCAAAAUAUGUUUUUAUUGAGUGCUAUACUAAGCACUCUACUACACGUGUGGUAAGCAAAUAUGACCAAUUUACGUAAUAAUAAUAAUUAACUUAAUAAUUACUUAUGACUUUUUACUUGUUUCAUUAACAGACCUAAUCAUAGGUUCUUUUUAAAUUAAAUACACAAAGUAUUUUAAUUGUCUAGCGUUUUUUUUUUAUUAAAUAAAUAUUAGUAACCAUUUUUUUUAUGUAAUGAUUUAGUUAAUGUACUUUUUUCUCAUCGCGAUUGUGAAUUAGUGUUAAGUAGAAGUGUAAUUAAUUAUUAAUGAUCUAGUCUUUUUGUUUGUUUUUUUUUAUGACGUCGAAUAUUCGACCGUGUAUCGUAUUUAAGGAUUAUUUUAAUGUCGCUUAGACGAAUGAGAUUUUUUUUUUAGAAUAAAAUGUAUAAUAUUCACUAAUUUUUUUUUAACAGAUGUGACGCUUUCUCGAUUUUCGUUUAAAAUUUAAGCUAAAAAUUAUAAUCAAUUCUCGCGCGUUGACGAUGAACGCAUCCAAAGAUCUGUCUUAUUUAUCGACGAUGUAUUAAUUAGUAACGUAAGAUGAUUUUUUUUUAAAUCUUGUACAAGAACUGAUUCGUAUCGUAUAUAAUAUUUUAUUGGUAAAAAAAUUAUUCGAGAAUUUCAGUGACACAUUCCGCUCAUUAACGUCUUAAUGAAAGCGUUUGAUAUUAUUUAAAUUUAGAGCAAUACAUUAAAAUAAUGAUUAUAUUUGAGUCUUAACAACAAAAAAAAAAAAACGAAUGUGUUAAAUGCAUAUACCAUGUUUUACAUUACAAAAGUCGGUUUGACUAAUAAUUGGCAUAAUGGGAACCUAAUAAACCGUAAAAAGAAAACUAAAUUGUUACUACGUAGUAUAAGUAUGAAAUGAAAUCGUAUUGUUAAAGUAUUUCGAAAAGUUCUCGCGGACGUUAACGUAUAGUACGUAGAUUUUGCUAAAUUUCAGAUAUUUUUAAUAAGAAAUAAACUUAUGCAUUUUAUAUACGUGAAUAGAAUUUGAAAUUGUAUACUAUCGUUAUAUCUAAUGUUAAGGAGACGAAAUGUGGACAUGCAAUCGAAUAACAAUAACAGCGUGAAGAUUAAAUAUAAUUUGUCUAUGGGAUCAACCAUAAAGAAAUUAUAGCAAGGACGUAACAAGGACUUUUGGCGAAAGAAAAGUAAAUAAAGAGUGUGUAUUACGCAAGGGAUGUUUUUUUAUAUUGAGAUAUAUUGUAUGUUAAUGUUCGGUUACUAAGGAUAACCCGGGGGAAGCAAAAGCAUCGUCCUGUCUACGACCUUGUAAUAGUGAACUCAUUCAAUUUGUAUGUCCGUGUGUUGACUCUUGUUCUAUAUAAAUUAUUCACAAAUAAUCGUCACUCGUUCAAUAACACAUAAAGGACAUUAUUUACUUAUGAUUUUUUUUUAACUUAUCAGAUUAUAUAGUUAUAUUUUGAUGUCUUGUAUUUGUAAAU